AACAUGAGUUUUUGGAUGUAAAUAAUGGUAUAUUCGACAUUUUUUUGUGAUAUUUUUGUGUUUAAUUUCAUCAAACUAGCCUGGAUAUUUCCUGCAGUAUGAUUUUUGUAACGUAUUGAACAAAAUUAGCACUGGAAUAACUUUUCGUCCCUCACCAUUCUGAAAUGUCUUCCUCCGCACCAGGGGGGUUGGAAGGCCCUUUCAAAUUUCCGAACAGCCCUGAGCCUCAAAGUUCUAGCUCUUCAUUUGUCGUGCCUUACAUAGAAGAAGAAAGACCGGAAAGCCCGGCAAAGCAUGGACUGGACGAAAAGGACUUCGAGAAAUUAGUUUUAGGAAGUGACUUUGUUGAUGAAUCAAAUGUAGAUGAAGACUGCAAUGUAGCACAAGAAUUAAAAAAGUAUAAAUACAAUAUCUUUGUUUUGAGCUCUGCUGGCAAACCUGUCUAUUCUCGGUACGGGAAUGAAGAUAAAUUAAGUACCCUGUUUGGAGUUAUGCAAGUUCUAGUUUCUUUUAUUCAAGACUCAAAUGAUGUCUUGAAGUCUAUACGAUGCAAUGGCUGUACCUUUACAUUUUUAUCCAAAGGUCCUUUAAUUCUAGUCUCUGUUGCUAAAACUCAACAAAGUGAUACUCAGUUGUUGUCACAACUUACGUAUGUAUAUAACCAAGUUAUUAGUGUAGUAACACUAUCUCGACUGACAAAGAUAUUUGAACAAAAAUGCAAUUAUGACCUAAGGCGCUUACUUUCUGGAUCUGAGCGUUUGAUUGACCAGUUAUUAGUUUUUAUGGAAACAGAUUACGCUUUCCUUUUAGGUGCCGUUCGCGUUUUGCCUCUUGCGCCAACAGCAAGGGAUGAUAUAUCCAAUAUUAUCGUAUCAGCAUGUUCCAAAAUUAAAAAUCUUGUUUUUGCUCUACUGAUUGCAAAUAAUCAACUUAUAACCUUGGUUAGAAUGAAAAAGUAUGAAUUACAACCGUCAGAUUUACACUUGUUAUUUAAUUUAGUCAAUUCUUCGGAAUCGUUUAAAACAGCCGAAAGCUGGACUCCAAUUUGUCUUCCUUUAUUCAAUCCAAGUGGAUUCCUUCAUUGUCAUGUUUCAUAUUUAUCAGAAGAUUGUCAAGCUUGCCUUAUGUUGUUGACUGUAGAUCACGACUUAUUCUACACUUUAUCCACAGCUAAACAAAAAAUAGUUGAGACUUUAAGGCGGAAAGGUAGUCUGAAAGAUAUCAACGAUGCUCUAGCUCUCAAGCCGAUUUCAGCCUCAGAACUUGGCAUUUACGGAUUGAGGCAUUUCAUGUGUAAGAGUAGAAAACACCCACAAUUUUGGAGUUCAAGAGUUGACACCCCGUACGAUACGCCAGAGGAAGUGGAACAUCUUAUGUCGCUGUAUCAGAAUUUGCACCAACAUGUCCAUCAUCCCACUCGACCCUUGAAACUCUGUUACCAACAAAUGGAUUCAGAGAUAAUGCUAGGCCAUAUAACCGCAGAGUAUGAGUUCUACUUCACUUUUGAACCUCUAGUCACAAAAUCAGAUGCAAUCAGCGCUGCUGGUAGACUGCCCAGUGUUUGGCUAAAAGACGAUGAGGAGAAGAAAAAGUUUAUUUUCACUGAUCCAACAUUCUAGUGAUUCCUGUAUCAGCUAAGUCUAAAUGUUUCAUUCCAAAUUGUAUUACUAGCUUUCCCGAUCAAUAUGCAUUUUAAUAGACAAGCCCUUGUCUUUACGCAUUUACUAGCUCUCAGUUUUUUUGAGCUCCUAUAAUUAUCUCGAAUCUUUGUCCUAGCAUGGAAAAUCCAUGUCUAAUUUUUUGAGUAAUGUGAGUGGGUUAUCUUAUUUGAGUCUCCACACCGUGCCAUGAAGAGAGAAGUACAUUAGCAAAUUCCUGCUGUUAUGAAAUGUGACAGGAGUAUGAUUUUUCUCAACUCGCAGGGUUUUGAGCCCUGCCUAGUUUUCGAAUUAUAAAAGUCCAGGAAUUAGACUCAAAAAAGGCAGGAGAAGAAAAUACAAUUUUAAAUGAAAGAAUCUCUACUGCUAAAAGUUUAAAGACUGUACACUGUGCACUAAUACAUGGCAUGAAAGUAUGUGGACCUAUUUGUAGAGAAUGAUCAUGAAAACUACUAUAUUGGAAAUCACAUACUCAUGUGAGAACAGUUUUUAUAUCUGAAAAAAGAUACUUGAGUUUGCGUUAUUGUUGUGUGCUUCUUGUACCAACAUGUAAGGUAUGAUUGCAGCCAAAUAUCAUAUUUAAACUGAUUUAUCAACUGCUUUGAGUCGCCAAGAAUGAUAUUGCUGCUUUUCAAAUCUUCAGAGAAACCUAUGGUGUCUCUCUAAUUAUUAAGACAGAUUUUGAAUACACAGAUCUAACUUUCGAUAGCUCUGAAUAAAAAAGAAAGAAAAUAGGCUUCCGGAAAUUUGAAAUGGAACACCUAUUUUUUUAUAUUUUUUUUUUUUACUUUGUGAGGCCCCUUGCCCCCCACAGGAAUGGAGUAUCCUUUUCUUUAUUUACUGUGAUUUUUGAAUCAGCAAGAUUUUUAACUAGCAAGGCUCUAUGUAAGCAUAAAAAUAUGCUACUUUCUUUAGUUGCAUUUUCGAAAAGACAACUUUUUUUUCUUUGUGAACCAAAUUUUCCGAUUAAAGUCCAAAAAUGUGCAUCAGAUUGUGAGGUGUACAUCUUCGCUCUUGUUCCAUUUUUCUUACCAGAAAACUAACCAACAGUUUCUACCGAAUUUUUCCAUGAUAAUGUUUCAUGUAUUGAACAUUAAUGAAUUCUCUUUCGAAAAAUUAUAUUUAAUUGCAAAAAAAAUUUAAAACGAGUUUAUUCUGGAAAAAAUAAAGAUACAUAAUAGGAGAUUUUUUAACGCCACAAUGGGUCUUUUGCAUGAUCUUGGGAUGAGUGAGAGAGAAAUUAGUUUUUAAUGCAUUUAUUAUAAAAGUAACGAUUUUUAUCGUUAAAAAGUUUAAAGUUGAGUGUCAAGUAUCAUAAUUAAAACUCGAAAUUUGAAGUUUAAAUUUACGAUUUUCAUAGGCUGAACUCCACUGAACAAUGCGUCACAAAUCACGAAUCUAAUGCCAACUAUUAGCAGUUGCCAUCAGAUUAUUUGCAAUUCUGCUCAUGGAUUAUUUCGCUCCUCAAUCCUCAUGAUUCCUCAGCUCUUAAAAAAAUGUUCUUCGUAUUUACGGAGGUGCGGCGAAUUUUUGAAAUAUAAACGGAGGUUGAUGAAAUCAGAAAUAUCGAUUGUGACCAUUUUCCUGCAUAAAGUGAUAAAAAUAAUGCAGGGUGCAGUCGGUGUUCUGCAAGUCUGGGUAUUUUAGGGCAGCCAUUUGAAUUGUUGAAUGAGAGGUCAGAUCCAGGCACACAUAUUAGAACUCAUCUGGUGUGUAAAACAGCAGUAUGUAUUUCAGCAGCCUGGAACAACAUGACACGCAUAAGAAUUGCAAGCCAGCAUGAUUAAAAGUUCAAGAUAACCUGCGCUGCUCGAUUCUGUUGUUACAAUAAAAGUCAACAACAUUGCCGCCUGAUAGCACUGAUGUUUGUUGCGAGAAAAUAUUUGAAAAAAAUUCCUUACUUACUCUUUUAUCUCAUAGACCAUGAGGGUGAAUUGAAAGAAAUGUGUGCACGUGACCCAUUGUGGUGCGAAUUUUUCCGCAUUAAGCCAUCGAAAUAGUGGAGGAUAGUACGCUAAAGUUAACCACUGAGAAUAGCUUAGUCCCUAAUAUGGACCCCAAAGGAGGAUUUUUUGUCGUAUCACCUCUCCAGUUGUGCUCAUUCAUGAAGUAAAAUUCAAGAUGUCACCCUCCAAACAUCACAAUGUAAGAGGCUGAUUUUUCUGCUAACCUCCUAAGUGAAGAUAAGGGCUGUUUACCUGUGUUGUAUUAUAAAUCAUCCAUCUCGCUUUCAUCGAAUAAUUGUGUGAUUUCUGUCGUUUUGUUCUAAACAAAGUCUCAAAUUUUUUGUGCAUUCCGUUUUCUGUAACAGUUCGUAUGUUGCACUGCUGAACUUUAUUUUUUUAUGAAUUUCUGUAGGUAAUUAACAUUCGCUAAAAGUGUUCUUGUCUCUUGUUAAAAAAGUAUUUUAUUAAAUCAUAAUUUCAAACCUUUA